AUGAAGGGAAUUCACCCCUCGAUAGUCUCACAUAAGCUUAACGUUUUACCAGCGGCAAAACCCAUCCGGCAAAGGGUUAGACGUUUUCACCCGGAUAGACAAAAAAUCAUCCGCACGGAGAUUGACAAACUACUGGAAGCCGGAUUCAUCAAAGAAGUGGAAUAUCCGGACUGGUUAGCAAAUGUAGUAGUGGUACCCAAGAAGGAAGGCAAAUGGCGGGUCUGCGUCGACUAUACCAACCUCAAUAAAGCAUGUCCAAAAGACAGUUUCCCUUUGCCACGAAUAGAUCAGAUUGUGGAUUCCACCGCUGGGCAAGGGAUGCUCUCCUUCCUGGACGCUUUCUCCGGAUAUCACCAAAUCCCCAUGGCUCCAGAUGAUCAAGAAAAAACAGCCUUCAUAACGCCACACGGACUUUACUGUUACAAAGUCAUGCCAUUUGGUCUCAAAAACGCUGACGCCACUUAUCAAAGACUGAUGACAAAGAUAUUCAAACCUCUAAUUGGCCGCACAGUAGAGGUAUAUAUUGAUGACAUCGUGGUUAAAAGCAAAACUCGUGAGGAGCAUGUUCUCCACUUACAAGAAGUUUUUCACCUCUUAAGGAAGUUCGACAUAAAGUUGAAUCCUUCCAAGUGCGCCUUUGGCAUAAGUGCUGGGAAAUUCCUGGGCUUUAUGGUCAGUCAAAGGGGGAUAGAGGUGAGCCCAGAUCAAGUCAAGGCAGUCGUAGAAACGUCACCCCCCAGGAACAAGAAGGAAUUGCAGCGCCUCACAGACAAGCUCGUCGCCCUAGGGCGUUUUAUAGCCCGUUUCACCGAUGAGCUACAACCCUUCUUCCUGGCAAUCCGCAAAGCAGGACCAAGCGGAUGGACAGACAGCUGUCAAAACGCUUUUGAAAAAAUCAAGCAACGCCUCAUGCAACCACCCAUCCUAAGCAGCCCCAUCCCCAGAGAAAAAUUGUAUAUGUACCUGGCUGUCUCAGAGUGGGCAAUUAGCGCUGUCUUAUUCCGCUGCCCAUCGCCCAAGGAGCAGAAACCCAUCUACUACAUCAGCAGAGCGUUAGUAGAUGUAGAAACCAGAUAUUCAAAGAUGGAAUUAACGGCCUUAGCUCUUCGAAGUGCCGCCCAGAAACUCCGCCCCUAUUUCCAAGCACACCCAGUGGUCGUAUUAACUGACCAACCCCUUCGCAAUAUCUUACACAAGCUGGACCUAACCGGGAGAAUGCUUCAAUGGGCCAUAGAAUUGAGUGAAUUUGGAAUAGAGUUCCAGCCCAGAUUGUCCAUAAAAGGCCAAGUAAUGGCUGACUUCGUGUUGGAAUACUCUCGAAGGCCCGUCCAACAUGACGAACCAAGUGAAAAACAAUGGUGGACAUUACGGGUUGAUGGAGCCUCACGGUCAUCCGGCUCCGGAAUAGGGCUCCUCCUGCAAUCCCCAACCGGAGAACAGUUGGAGCAAGCCAUCCGGCUGGGGUUCCACGCCUCUAACAAUGAAGCGGAAUAUGAGGCCAUCCUAUCCGGAUUGGAUCUCGCCCUGGCUCUAUCCGUCUCCAGGCUUCGAGUCUAUAGUGAUUCCCAACUCGUGGUAAGACACGUUCAAAACGAAUACGAAGCCAAAGAUGAGCGCAUGACACAAUACUUAAACAAAGUAAAAGAUACUUUGCAGCGGUUCACCGAGUGGACAAUUGAAAAAAUCAGGCGGACCGAAAAUUCGCGUGCCGACGCCCUGGCAGGUAUAGCUGCCUCCCUUCCCACCAAGGAAGCAAUACUAUUGCCUAUAUAUGUACAAGCCAAACCUUCCAUCACGGAAGCCUCCACUUGCAACGCCAUUAAGGCAGACGAAACGGAUGACGAGGGUUGGAUGAAAGAUAUCAUUGAAUACCUCCGGACGGGCACCCUGCCUGAAGAAUCUAAGCAAGCGCAUAAGAUCCGGGUGCAAGCCGCCCGCUUCACCUUGGUUGAAGGGCACCUGUACAAGCGAUCCUUUACAGGCCCCUACCUCAGAUGUCUGAAACAUUCAGAAGUACUUUAUGUAUUAGCUGAAUUGCAUGAGGGAGUAUGUGGAAAUCAUGCUGGAGGGCGAUCACUGGCACAUAGAGCCCAUUCGCAAGGUUAUUACUGGCCUACGAUGAAAAAAGACGCGGCAGCAUACGUCAGAAAAUGCGACAAAUGUCAAAGGCACGCCCCCAUACCACAUAUGCCAUCGCGAGAAUUGAAAACAAUCUCAGGACCCUGGCCCUUUGCGCAGUGGGGCAUGGACAUAGUAGGACCUCUACCAGCCGCACCUGCCCAGAAGAAAUUCCUACUUGUCGCCAUAGACUACUUCAGUAAAUGGGUAGAAGCUGAAGCAUAUGCUAGCAUCAAAGAUAAAGAUGUCACCAAAUUCGUAUGGAAGAACAUCAUUUGUUGCUUCGGAAUUCCCCAAACAAUCAUAGCAGACAACAGUCCACAAUUUGAUAGCAAGAUUUUUCGAAAUUUCUGUUCGGAACUCAACAUCCGGAAUUCAUAUUCUACACCACGCUAUCCUCAAAGUAAUGGGCAAGCAGAGGCCACAAACAAGACUCUAGUCACUGCCUUGAAGAAAAGACUCGAGCAAGCCAAAGGAAAAUGGGUGGAGGAGCUACCCGGCGUCCUAUGGGCUUAUCGAACCACACCCGGACGUCCAACAGGAAAUACUCCCUUCGCCCUCGCAUACGGAAUGGACGCAAUCAUUCCCACCGAAAUUGGGCUACCCACUAUCCGAACCGAAGCAGGAAGGCAGGAUGAUGCAAAUGCAGAAUUAGGAAGAAAUUUGGACUGGGCGGACGAAACAAGAGAAGCUGCAGCCAUCCGGAUGACAGACUAUCAACAAAGGGCAUCGGCUCACUACAAUCGCAAAGUAAAGCCCAGAAGCUUCAAAAAUGGUACGCUAGUCCUUAGAAAAGUUUUUGAAAAUACUGCUGAUAUAGGGGCAAGAAAGCUCCAAGCCAAUUGGGAAGACCCCUACAUAGUAUCUAAAACAAGUGAAAAUGGAGCCUAUUAUCUACAGAAGUUAGAUGGAACCCCAUUGCAGCGAACAUGGAAUGUAUCUAAUCUAAAGCAGUAUUACCAAUGA